AGUCAUUUCUACCCCCGCAUUACUUCCUGGUUUUCUCGACACUGUUUACAUCAGGUGGGAUUCUACCUUUCACAUAAACGCAGACGGCGCGUGCGUUUCUGUGUUUUGUCACCUGCCUCGUGCCAGUGAUCUGGAUUGUUCUGUUUCAACACACGCACGCGGAGGGUUAUUAAAAUCAUGUCUCCGGCCGCUGCCUUCCACGCGCAGCUCGCCUCCAUCAUGGAGGUGCUGGCCAACACGGCGGUGGCGGAGAUCUGCGAGCUCGUGGACAGCGGCUACUCGGUGCUGCAGCUGGAGAUCUCGCGGAGCCGCAAAGAGAACGAGGUGCUGCGGAGAAAACUGCGGCUCAUGGAGCUGCGAGCCGCGCGGGCGUCCGCCCUGCGAGCCGCGGCCACCGCAGGCGGCAACGCGCUGCUGCUCGCGAGCAGCCGCGCGCGUGCUCAGCUGCCUGCUCAUCACCUGGGCAACGGGCCAAGGAGGAGUGGAGCACCUGGAGGUAACCGUUCAGACCGUGAGGCCAGGCGGUCCACAGUGUCCAACCAGGAGACUCUGCAGUGCCGAGACCCCGAUCCGUCCUCAGACUCUGGACAAGAUACCACACAGGGGACGCCUGCUGCAGGUGAGCCGACCAAAGUGACGACUGCAGUGAUCAAAGUGGAGGAUGAUGAGUCCUGGUCCCAGUCUGAGCAGGACAAAGAGUUUUGCCAUGUUGCAGACGGUCAGACGACAGAGACAGAAGCCCCGCCUCCACUGACCAAACAGGAAGUAGCAGAUGAAGGUGGAGGUUCGUCUCGGUCGUGGGCGAGCGGUGAAGUCAGCUCCACCUCCAUGUCCGUGCAAAAAACCCUGAACACCAGCCAGAGGUCAGAAACCAGCAGUUACGAAUGUCUGAUGUACGAGCCACAGCUCCAACAUGGCUCCCUCAGUACCCAGAAUCCUCUGAGUGAGGAUCCCGGCUGCUCGUACGUGUUGAACACCAGCGUGAGUGUUUCAGCUGCGUCUGAUUCAGCCAGCAGCAGCAGCUUCCCUUUCACCAUCACAGAGGUGAGUCUGCCUGCAGCCGAGCACCAGCAGCCUGCAGGUUUCCAGAACAACCAGCAGAGGGCGCCGCUACCCGCAGACGAGCCUCAGCUUCCUGUGAGGAAAGAGAUGACAGAAAGACUCAAUGCGUUCAUGAGAAGGGACAGAUGGAGACCUCAGGAUGGUGUCAGCAGGGCAUCCAGCCAAAGCAGAGAGGACGGCGGGGGGAAGUCAUUUGUCUGUAACUGCUGCGGUAAAACUCUGGCCUGCCUGAAGAACCUCAAGACCCACAUGAGGGUCCACACAGGAGAGAAGCCGUUUGUCUGCGCGCUCUGCGGCAAACGCUUCUCCGACUCCAGCAACUUGAAGCGCCACCAGAGCGUCCACACCGGAGAGAAGCGCUACGGCUGUGUCCACUGUGGGAAACGCUUCGCCCAGUCAGGAUCCCUGAAGGUCCACAUGACCGUCCACACAGACUGCAAACAGUUCAGGUGUUCUUACUGCGGCAAAACUUUCAUCUCCGGCAGCCACUUGCGCCGCCACGUGACCGUGCACGCUGGGGAGAAACGAUUUGCUCCAACGUUUCAGUGACUGAGGGGGGAUUAUGAGGUCAUAUCUCACAGGAGCCUGGAACACAUGGAAACACGACACCACGGCCCAGAUGAGAACAGCUGUUCAAGCUCAGCUCCUUCUCUGAAAACUUGACCACACUGUGUUUGUUUCCACACAAAAAGUCACCUCAUGUUUUGGUCAUUGUGGUGAUUUUAGUUAUCUUUCAGCGUGAGGCCUAAAAAAAGAUGAACACAAAAUUGUAUUAACAACCAUUCGAAGCAGGCAGCUGCCCCAGGGCCACAGGGGGCCCCAAAAGUCACUGCUUGUCAGUUGGUUUUGGUGAUUUGCAAAGUUUUAUGUAAAUCUUCAGAUCACUAAAGUCCGAUAUCAACUAAAGCACUGUAGAGGAAGCCUGUGUCAAAGUCUACUUUUAAGAGACGAUUAAAGCACUACUAAAUGAGGUGGUGUUUAAUCCAGUGACCACAAACGGACACCCUGGUCCAAGUGGUACUCCUGCAGAUGACUAUUGUUUGGGGUCGGAGCAAAAGCUGUGUGCUCUGGACUUAAUGGGAACCUGCGGGUGACAGGGUUCAUUUCCAAUAUAAGGCUGCAACAAAUUAUUAUUUUCAGACUGAUUCUCUGAUCUGUUGCUUAUUUUUUGACAAAAUAUCCAAUAAGUGAAAAUGUCCAACACAAGUCAUAAGAGACCAAGGUGAUGUCUUCAGGUCAUUUUAUUUUGUCCAACCCACAGUCUAAAUCAUGAGAUAUUAAAGCUGGAGUACGGGAGUUUUGGCAGUGAGAGUAAUUUCAUACAAACACUGUUAACGUGUGGUUGUGAUGCACACCUGUAUGUAACCAAACACAUCUCCCCGCCCAAGGAGACCUCUCUUCAGAUCUUUGUCUUUAAUCCUUCCUCUGAACAGCAAGUGUCUUUCAUGCCUCUGCAUCGGCGAUAGCUGUGACUGGAGGCAUUAUGUUUUCACAUUGUAUAUCCAUCUGUGUGUCCCAUUGUCGGGAACGCAUUAACUCAGAAAUGCCUUAAGGGAUUUUCUUGUGACAUACAUUUGUAGGUGCGUUGUUUUGUUACCUACCUAAGGUAACUGUAGCUUUUGGCCAGGAGCAGAUAUCAUCAGAUGGUACACAAAUGUCACUGUGUGUUUUGGCCCUCAACCACAACACACUCUAGCUGGAGGGCCGACAGCGUUUGGCCAAAUCACUGCCUAUCUGCUCCUAGCCUCCAGCGUUCUUCCUUUCUUACUCCAAAUCCAGCAGGAGGCUCGUUCAGCCUCCUCCCCCAACUUGCAAGCAGCUUGUUUUUAUGCUCCUUUCGUAAAGGCCCAGAGCUGAUAAUAAUCGCCAUGCUGACUUGGCUGGGAAACCUCUGCAUCCGAUCUCCACCGGGAAGAACCACGCCUGCCAACCUUUGUCCUUACAAUCCUGGACUAAGGACUGGUACUUCAAGGCCUUCCUCUGGUGGGCCACUGUUCUCAAGAACACCUUGAGGGAAUUUCCAUAUUUGGCACAAACGUCCACUUGAACUCAAAUAUGAGUUGAUUAGAAUUUAGUGGUCAAAGGUCAAGGUCACUGACCUCACAAAGAAUGUUUGUGGCCAUAACUCAGAAUUCAUACACUAAUCAUGACAAAAUUUCACACAAAUGUCUCACAGGAUAAAAUGAUUGUUGAAUGACAUUUUAUAUCCAAAAGGUCAAAGGUCAUCUUCACUGUGACAUCAUUAAGUUUUGCAAAAACAAAACAGAAGUGGAGACAUUUGGUCAGAUACUGAAUUUGUGACACUAAUCUUGGGUGUCCAUCUUGAAACUGUGCUGAUUGUAUAGGUUCUCUGUGCUGCCGGGGGGGGGGGCGUGUGUGAAGCAUCCACAUUUAUACGUAGCUUCUUUGCUGCAACAUCCAUGUUUGAAGUACUGUCAGCUGUCAUGGCUACACGAGUCUGGACAGACGUGGAUGUAAACUGCAGCUUCACUGGUUUGCGGAUGCAUGCAACCACACGUGGUAAUUCUUGAAGCCUCCACUUAAACUUUUCUUGGAUGCUUUUUAGGAUUUUCUGCCGUAGCUUCCUUCAUGCGCAUUGCUGCUGCUCCGUUGAGAUGGUCUCUCCCUCCUUCCUUCCCCUUUAGAUCCAGCUGGUUGACGUGAAACACAUCACUUCAGGUGUGCCAGUGUGGAAAAGUACCUUAUAACUAGUAGCUGUGCUGCGAGUACAGAGAGCCUUCCCUGCAGUGAUGGGCUUCAUCAGCAUUGUGUCAACUCAUUUGGCUCGAAUGUAACGGAUGUUCAUUUCUUUGUAAAAGUCCUGUGCUCCAGCUUUAAAGUUAUUAUGACAAAGAGCAUUAGAAAAUCCUCAAGUAAGAAAGCAGAAGCAGCCAAUAUCUGCCCCUUUUGUUUCCUGAUUUAACAACUUCAUUAUCAAGUUGGUCGCCUCUUAAUUUUUUUAAUUUUUUAAAAUUUUAAAUGGAGAAACUGUUUUAGCUUUAAUACAGUGCACACAAAGUGUUCAUGGGGGUUAAUACUGUCGGGCCACGAUAACAAGUGCUGCCUUUUUCUAAAUCUGUUUUAGGGAAAACACACCAGCAGUAUUUAGCUAUUGCUGAGGUGUUGAUUCAGCUCAGCGGACAUUUUGGAGGACGUCAUGUGUCGUGUUGUCGAGGAAAUAUCCUGUACAGUGUCUCUCUGUCACCUCCUCUUUGCUCAUGCCAUGUGUAGUCAUGAUUAUAAACCUUUUCUCUGCCACAUUACAUCAUUCUGUACUUGAGUAACCCUGCAAGUUGCCUCAGAAACUCACUUAUAAACUGUCAGAUUCAGAUUAAGUGAUUUCAGGUUCCUCUUGCGGUUCUUUUGGACCCACAGACUUUACUGUUUAGGAUGAGGCUAUCUCGCUGAAAACAAGUUGAUCUUAUUCUACAUUUUAAAGGUUUUCAGAAGGUUUAUGUGCUGAGAAUAUUUACUCACCUCAUCAGGAGUGUUUGCAGGGUUUCCUUUGAACUGCUUAGCUCAG